AUGGGUCAACGAUGUGCCAUACAGCAGUAUUCAUGUGUCGAUCAGUCGUAUCCCCGUAAUUGCACGAUUUCUCGUAUCAUAGCAACAAAACUGCUUCUUUGUACAAGUGUAGACAUUUUAUUGGUCAGUCACCACGAUUUUGUUUUGAUCUGUCUUGGCAGUUCAAAUACUUUGAUUAGAGAAACAUAUUCACCGCUUCGUACGUGUUUCAUGAUCGUACAAAAAAAUGGCAGCAGAUAUGAAUAUCAAACUACGAUAUUUGGUAAUUUAUUGCUCUUUUUGAAACGUUUACGAUUGAUUGCACCUACGAAAAAGAUCAUGUGUUUGCUAUAAGGUUUUGUUU